GCCUGUGCCUCGCAGAACAGCAGUCUGCGGACGAAUCGCGCUGUUUCUUCGGCCUGUACUUCCGUAAUUUUUAUCUCUCUAGAUAAACAAAGUGGAGGGUUUUUGUAUGUGCCGCUGUGUGCUGAAACCUGUUGUGAUAAACCUCUCUCGGGAUUCAAUUUGGAUGAAUCGAUGUGUGCUCUCCUGGAGCUGUGAAACUUGUUUUACAACGAGUACCCUGCCUGGAUCUCACCCUGAAAAUAAGCAGACGUCAGACCUCGCCCGCCCGCUGCUGCUGUUAAAUUUUUAUCUCAAUCUAAUCACAACAUUAUCUUCGGGAUUUCAGUGCUACACGCACUAUGUAGCGCAGCUAAUAGCAUGCUCCUGGUAGCGGUUAGACGUUUAUCGGCUUUUUAGUUUUAAACACUGUGCCUUGGCGGAAAGGAGAGGAUUUCGUUUUAUUUAAGGUUUUUUGACGAUGAAUGAGCAGGAGAGUGGGGUGGUCUCCUUUGAUGAAUAUGUGCGGCAGAAGGCCCGCAGUGUGCCUCAGCACAGGAUGAAGGAGUUCCUGGAGUCUCUUGCUAAGGGCCCAGAGGUGCUGCAGGAGUUCAGUCAGCAGGGAGGGGCAGCCACAACCACCAACACCACCACCACAGCCAUGGUGUACCAGCAGCAGGGUGCAAACUGUAUCUACACAGACAGCACCGAGGUGGCAGGCUCCCUUUUGGAGCUGGCUUGCCCUGUGCAAGUGACCUCAGCAGAGAUUUCACCUCAUCUAUCUGUGCACCAGGAGUCUGAACAGCAGCUUCAAGUGCAGGUUCAGAUUCAGGAACAGCAGGGUCAAGCAGUCAGCCAGGUUCUUCAGGUGGCCUCCCCUUCACAACAGGACCUGCAAGGAAUCCCAGCAGCACAUCUUGUCCAGCAGGGAGAGCUCACAGAGGAGCAACAGCAGCAGAUUCAGGAGCAGCUGGUUGCAGCUGUAACUGGAGGACAACAAAUCCAGCUGUCAAGUGGCCAACAAAUCCAACAUAUUCAGCUGCCAGGAGGCCAGCAAAUUCAAAUUCAGGCUGGCCAACCAAUUCAACUACAGGGUGGCCAACAAAUUCAACUGCAUGAUGGCCAGCAAAUUCAGUUACCGGAUGGCCAACAAAUUCAACUACAGGGUGGCCAACAAAUUCAACUACAGGAUGGCCAGCAUAUUCAUUUACAAGGUGCCCAGCAAAUUCAGCUACAUGACGGCCAACAUAUUCAGCUACAGGACGGCCAACACAUUCAACUACAAGGGGGCCAGCAUAUUCAGCUGCAAGGGGGCCAACAUAUUCAGCUACAAGGGGGCCAACAAAUUCAGCUACAAGGGGGCCAGCAGAUCCAGAUCCAGACCAUAGAGGCCAUGUCCCCUUCACAGCAGCAGGAUUCUCCCCGGGAUAUAGGGAGAAGGUCUGCAGCUGUCUCAACAGUCCUCCAACCCGCCAAGAAGCGUAAGGUGGAUGUCCCUGUAGCUGUUUCUUACUCUGUUCCCCAGGGCCAGCAGGUGGCCACUGUUCUAGCCAUCCCUCAGGGUCAGCAGCAAAGCUACGUGUCCCUACGACCAGAUCUGCUCACUAUGGACAGUACUCAACUGUACAGUGCCACAGGAACGAUCACAGGUCCCACAGGUGAAACCUGGACCAUCCCAGUGUACUCUACCCCCCAGCAGCAGGGCGUGACUCACAUUGCCAUACCACAGGAAACAUACAACACAGUACAAGUUGCCACCACCAAUGGUAAGGACAAAAUAUCUCCCAGUUCAAGGUCUGCAGAGGGGCAGUCUUCCACCGCCGGGUCACAGGAAGAAAUAGUGCAGACCCUUUUCCCGGCGCAGUUCAUGAACGGGAACAUUCACAUCCCUGUGGCAGUGCAGACUGUAGGAGGGACCUACAACACAACACAGUCUGUGCAAAUAUGGGAUCCAAAUCAGCAGCAGAGCCAGGGAGAAGAGGGACAAGAGCAGCAGCUCCAUCUGCAGGGUCACAUAGAGCCAGAGGCCAACGCUGAACCGCCCACAGAGAUUCUGGUUCCUGUCUCUCUUAAACCAGAGGAGGGCUUGGAGGUGUGGCGCCUUUGGGCAAAGCGAAAAAACGAGGAGCUAAAUAAACAGGAAAACAAAAAGCUUGCACCCAUAGGACGCCGUCAGCCGCUGCGUUUUCAAGAAGACUUAAUAUCCAGCGCUGUAGCGGAGCUAAAUUUGGCUCUUUCCCUAAUGACUCAGGAGGCACGCGGCUCAGAAGAGGAAGAGUUUGCAUCCGAUGUUCUGUAUUAUGUAUUCUUAUGUAUACAAAAGUAUCUCUUUGAAAAUGGGCGUGUGGAUGACAUCUUCUCUGAUACGUAUUACACACGUUUUUCUGGGUGUUUACACAAAAUCCUGGAAGGUUGGAAACCAAGUGUCCAUCCUUUAGGUUAUGUCAUUCCAAGUCAUGUGACUGAGGAGAUGCUCUGGGAGUGUAAACAGCUUGGUGCACAUUCACCAGCCACAUUGCUAACAACUCUAAUGUACUUCAACACUAAGCAUUUCCACCUGAUUACACCUGAACAGCACAUGAAAGUAGCUUUCUCAAAGGUCCUGCGACACACAAGGAAGAACCCUGCUAACACCAAGGACAAAGCCACCAGUAUCCGCCUUCUCAAAGUACAGGGUGCACACAGCGCAGGGCAGAAAGGACCUGAUGAAAUGUAUGAAGAGCAGGCUGAGGAUCCAGAGAAUCCUCUCCGCUGCCCCAUCAAACUCUACGACUUUUAUCUCUUCAAAUGUCCUCAAAGCGUUAAGGGACGCAACGAUGCAUACUACAUGACUCCGGAGCCAGUGGUGGCACCCAACAGCCCAAUGUGGUACUCCUCUCAGCCUCUGAACAGUCAGCAGGUGGAGCACAUGCUGGCCCGCAUCAUUGUGGUCCGGGAGAUCCAGGAGAUCAUCAGCGCUGCUCCUUGAGCAAAAACCAAGAAGACCUAAAACAUGAACUACACUUGACCCAUUGGAGCUAGUUCUUCAGUCACAGACUGGAGGCUAUGCAGUAUCCAGCCUGUCUCCAUAAACCUCAAUGAACAUCUGCAAAGUAUGGAACAACUCUUGAAAGAAUCAUCUUUCUGUUUCAUGUCAGCAAAGAUUAUUUCUCUUACAUGAUCUGUUUUCAGCUGAUGGGAUGGACUGUUCUUUCUCUAUCUUUGUAAGCCAUUGCCUCUGUUUGUUGGAUUGCCAUGUAAGGGGAACUUCAUUUUUCCUGUAAUAGUCUUAUGAGCGAGGAUAUUUAACCCUCAGUACCUAACCUCACAGAUCAUUAUCCUCCUUACUUCUCUUUGAAGUCCCACUAUGAUACGUUGCAUCCUACUGGACAUCUACAGGGGACCACUGCUCCAAACUGUUUUUGUAUAGACUGCAUUUUGGAUCAUAUAUGAUGUUCAAAGCUGAAGAAUUUGUGCCUGUUUUCAAAAACGAUGUUAUAAUUUAUGCUUGUGGAUCAUUGUGAGUUUAUACCUCCAGAUAUUCACAGGGUCAAGUGCUAUAUUGUAGUGAUUCAGGAGAUUGGAAACAUUACUCUCAGGUCCAAGCUGGUGAUUGAAACCCUCACUGAGGAUUUUUUUGCUAACCUUUUCCUGUAUAUGUGUACAGUCAGUUAUUAAACAGGACAUGCAGAUGGAAACAUCUUUGUUGAGCAAAAUACUAAUUCUUGUAUCAGAACCAUAACCUACAUAAAACAUGGAUGAAGUCUGGAUGGAAUUACCCAUGGCUUCUGAAGGUGUUUUUAAGCCUGUCAUUGGUGAUCAUACAUUGAAAAUACUCACUCAAACUUACUUUUGCUCAGUCUAAUGACAGGGAAAGAGGGGAAGCUACAGCAAGCCAUAUGCCUCUUGGCAAAUAGUCUUUAUCCGUCCAUUAACUCAGCCUGCCCCUAUAUGCAAAUUUAUGCAUUACUUUUGGUCUUCAUACAAUCCAAACCUAUGAUCAUUAAAAUUGUCCCCCUGGCAGUCUAUACAAAUAAAGAAAUAAUCUUAUUAAAUUUCAACAGUUUUUAACCAGACUGUAAACCUAAUUAUUCCUACCAUAAAAGUUGGCAUUUUGAGGUACCUUGGUGUUGAGUUUGAAUCUGACCCUGCCCUUUGCUGCAUGUCAUUCUCCCUAACUCCCCUGUUGUGCAAAAAAAAAAAAAAACAACAACAAAAAAACAAAAAAUAAAAGCCUUAUUAACAUGGGCCUUUAGGCUGGGCAUAUACUCGCUGUCAAAGCUUUUGUUCAUCAAUGUGAAGUUAACAAUCAUGAUGCAAAAGGAUGCAUGCAUGAAUGCAACAUGAAACAGCAAGUAUAUUUCCAGUCAAAUUUGUGAUUUCUUGGCUUUUGCAGCCAGUCUCAAGUGGAGUCUUGAGGACUGCUUUGGUCUGCACUUCCACAUGGGCUUCAUGUUUUAGGACCAGAGCUUGCUGCUUGACCAACCUUGUGAAGACAUUGUUUUUUAAAUUAAGGCAUGAGCUCUUUGUUAUCCGUGAAAAUGCUGCUUUGUUGAAAUUAAAAUAUUUCCUAAUGAGCCUUAAACAACAGCGAAACUUGUUAAACUACACCAACUAUAAUUCACAUUUACCAAACUGCUGAAAAUAACUCUUAGUGCCUGCUACCUGUGAAAUGGGUAUUUUGCUGAGUGUCAGUGAGGCUGGGUGAAAUGUCUGGUUAGCCUGUUUUUGGGUCUUAUAAUACAGGUUGCAUGUAGCGUACCGAUGAGGAUUGUAUAUUACAUUACACAAAUCUUUAACUGCAUAGUUAUAGCUGCAUAAAAAUACAUCUGCUGGAAUUUAUUGUUUUGGACAUAUACUCUGUGCUCUCAGCAAAUAAUUGCCAAGCGCAAACAAAUACAGACCUUUAAAACACACCCUUGAAUGUUUUACCCUUUUUUGAUUUCAUAAAUCAGUCAUGAUCAAUAAAAUUUGGCCUUUUUGACAAAAAAAAAAGAAAAAAACUGUUUAUGUCGAAGUGAAAACAGAUUUUGCAAAUUAAUUUCAGGUAAAAACAUGCAAGGUAAAACAAGUGUUUGCAUAAAUUUUUACCUCCUUUGGUCUUUGGUCUGACGAGACUAAAAUGGUACUUUUUGACCAUCAAAUAAGACGCUAUGUUUGGUGGACACCCAACACCGCACAUCACCACAAACACCAUCCCUGCUUGAAAGCAUGAUAGUGGCAGCAUCAUGCUUCUUUGCAGCUUGCCUUGGAAGGCUUGUAAAGGUCAAGGGUGAAAUAAAUGUUUCAAAGUAUAGGAAAAUCCUGGUGGACAGUCUUAGUCUGUCUGCAAGAGAGCUACAGCUUGGGAGAAAAUGUAUUUUCCAGUGGGAUAAUGACCAGAAGCACAUAGCAAAAGCAACAGA